AUGGAACUUGUAGUCAAAGUUUCAAUGAUAGUUACCAUGGACAUGACCAAUCGUAUCACAAGAAUUGUAGCUCUUAGAAAUACACAAAACCGUCAUGCAGUAGAGGGUUGGGAGGAAUCAGUUACUUGUACAGCAGUGAGAAAUUCUGAAGAAAUACUGUCUUGUAAAGACGAUAAGAGAAAUCAGCAAAAUGUAGAACAAGUUGAAAAUAUUAAUCCAGCAGUCAUAGUCGGUAGUGUUGAACCAACCGAAGACGAAAAUAUAAAUCUAUUUUAUGUCAACGUAAACGAAUACGCAAGUAUUGAACGGAAACAAUUUCAAAACAUCACAGAAGACAUUGAGGAUGAAAGUCAACCUGCAGCUGACAAUGAAUUGGUUGAUGACUUUCUAUACGCCAACACGGAAGAGUACUUCAAACGUAGAGUGCCAGUUGAUAAACUCAGAGAUUUCGUAAAAAACAAAACAGACCUUGAAUACAUUGAGGAAUUUAUGGACUUACCACUAGGCCUAAUAAAACCUUUUAACGAAUCGCAGAAGGCUGACAAUAUUAGGAAAAAUCGUUAUAAAGGUGUUUACCCAUAUGACAGCAGAAGGGUUAUUGUGGAAGACAUGGAAUCAGACUAUAUCAAUGCUAGCUAUAUAGACGGUUACAAACGACAAAAGGCUUAUAUAGCAUCUCUAGGACCAACAAUUAAACAAAUGGGUGAUGAUUUUGGAGUGUUCUGGAACAUGGUCUGGCAAGAAAGAGUUUGUAAAAUAGUUAUGCUGACCAAUCUCACAGAGCUAGGGGUGAGAAAAUGUGACAAAUACUGGCCAGAUAAAGACGUGUGUUGCAUUUAUGGAGAUGUAAAAGUUACGGGUAAAUCCGAGGAAAUCUAUCCAUAUUUUACUGUUAGAAUAUUUUCCAUCGAGAAAUUUGAAAAGAGAAUACUUUAUCAAAUGCACUUUACUGCAUGGCCAGACAAAAGUACACCUAAAGAUGCACAUACCAUUGUAGAGUUUUGGGAGAAAGUCACGAGAAUACCUACGUUCGAGCUAGGGCCCAUAAUAGUACACUGCAGUGCCGGGGUUGGACGAACAGGUACAUUUAUUGCAUUGGACAUACUAGCGAAUGAGGGAGUUUCCGAGAGAACAAUAGAUAUAUUUGCAUGCGUCAGAAAUCUUAGAGAGGAUCGAGUUAGUUUAGUACAAACAGUGGAACAAUACAGAUUCCUUCACGACGCUUUGGUACUGCUGCUUGAUUCUCACACAUCUGUAAAGGCUCUGCUUGCAAACGAUGCAACCGUUCAGAAUGAUUCUCCCGACAAAAUCAGCCAGACAGGUGAAAGACAAAAGAGAGACAAUUGAAAACAUUAUGUUGUACAAUAGAAUAAUUGCGUUAUUCCAAUAAUUGUGUACAUAAUGAUGUUGACUUGUAUACAUUAUGUUCUUUCCGUAUGUAUUAUUAGAGAGAAUAAUGAUUAUGUAAUAAUUAUACACAAAUUGCCUUCCUGUCUUUUUUUGGUGAUUGCAACAUUGUAACCGUCAUUAUUACGUCAUACAUUUUCAAGAAAUUGCAUGGAUAGUUUCAAUAUUUUUAAAGUUUCUAUUUGAUAUUUCAUAUUUGUUACAUAUUACAUACUGUAUGUUUAUUUUUUUUCAACAUUUGUGACACAAUUUUGUAAAGUAAAUUUCAUAAUGAACGUUUAUUGAUUUAUUGAUGUCAUGAUGCCAAAUGCAUUUAUAUGUUAAUGUCAUUUUAUCUACAUGUUUAUUGUAUGUGCAUUUUGUAACUAUUUUCAUAUUUUCCUUACUAAAGAUAAUGUGGUCAUGUUGAUUAUCUCUUUUAUAUAUACUUUUCUUAGAAACAUUAAAUUAAGUAUUGGCAAAUUGUAAGUCGAUUUCAUUUAAGAAUAUCUGUUUAAAAAUUUUAUUUAUAAACUUCGAUAAUUCUGGUUGUAAUAAGAACAUAUCUAGGCAACAUUAUUAGUCACGACAUUUUAAGUUUUGCUCCUUAAUAGUGACACUGGUCCGUUAAUCCAAAAGGGGUUAAACAAGCGAGGAGUAGUAACUAUUUACACAUACAAAAAGGUGAUCAAUUUGUUAAUACCACAUGUUUACAAUUGAAAUGGUUUUCUGAAAUAUUUCACAUCUUUCCAGCAUGUCAAAAAUAUAAAACCGGGUAGAUUUUAAAUGGUAAGUUUUUACUCAUCAUUAUGCAUAAGAUACAAUUUUGUUUAAAAAAGAUAUUUGAUUUAGGAUUUUUUAUAUUGAUUUUCAGUUGCUCAUCCCGACCGAAUGAACCUUAUAAUAUAGGGUUAACGCAUGUUUUUCCGUGUUAUAACGUCUGCAAAGUCCCGAGGGACUCUGCAGACUUUAUAACACGAAAUAAACGUGCGUUGACGCUAUUAUAGCAUAAAAUUUUCGAACAGAUUCGUGAUGUAUAGUUUAUACAAAACACAAUUACAUUAAAUUCUUGUGCUUGGACGUUAUUUAUCCAAUUCUAUGUUUUACGUAUGCGUUUCAUUUUUCCGGGGCCAACAACUUGGAAAAUUCUCGGAACCUAACGAAAUUUUGAAUUUUAAUUGAUUUAACAAAGCUUGGCCUUUGGAGAUUUAUUAUCUCAAGAAAAAAAACGUUACAUAUAUUACUCUACCCUCUACCCAAGACAAAACAUGACCCUCAGAAAUUCUUAGAGUGAUUUCAGAUUGACGGUAGAAAAAAGAUCAGUGACAUCAGAAUCGUUUUUUUUUCAAGCAAACAAGUUUAUAAAAAAAUCAGGCACUAAGCAUUAUUCUCUCAAAGAAAUAUAAAGAGCAUUUAUCAACAUUAACAUAAAUAAAAAAACAUUUUCUCAUAUUAAUUUUGUGUUCUCUAGUUUUGUAAGUUAAUCGGAGUGUUAAACUAAAUGACAGGUAUAUAGAUUCUACUGUAUUUGUUUACAUUGACAACUGUCCGUUUCUUAGAAAGGGCGACAACCAAGAUUAGCACCGAUGUCUAUACGCCGUUUUUCCGGCAUAGUUACUGGAAUAUGCGACUUAGGCCCUCGAAUCAAUAAAUUUCAAUAUAACAAGAGCGCAUGACUCUUCGGCAAACAGGCCAAAUCGUCAUUUUUUGUUUGUUUGUUUACUGGGCCCUGUAUGUAUUGCGCAUAGGUGAAACCGGGCUAUAACAAGAGCGCGUUACUAUGUUAACACAUGGUUUUGGUCCCGUUAUAACAUGGGCAAAAGAGGGAAAAAUAGCCGAUUUUAUGCUAUAAUACAAGAAUCUAACAACGGCUGCCGGUACAGACAGGUAUUUCUUGCAUAUCAGACUGGCGUUUCCGUUAGUUUUACCCAUGCCGGAAAUUUCAUCUGGCAUGGGGGGUUCCAGAUGAGUCGCGUGCUGUACAAUGGCACGAUAAAGAUGACGUCAUUUUACCGUUAUGCAUGAUUUUGUAAUUCAUACGCCGUUGAAUGAAAGUAGUUACGGUUGUAAUGAUAUAAAUUUUCAUUGAAAUUAAAGAUAAAGAAUUUAAAAUAUAAUGGAAUAUGGUAGGAUAUGCAAGAAAAAAUAUCUGACAUAUGUUUGCGGUUCGGAUCGGAAUAUCCGUCCCUCGGUCACCCGCCCGAGAGCUAGAUAUUCCCGUCUGUACCAAUUGCCGGGUUUGAUUCCUUUUCUUGCAUAUUACAUGUCAAUAAUUUUCGGAACAGAAAUUAUGGAAACUGAUAUUUUCAUUACGCACUUUUUUGUUAUAGUAUCGUAUGAACAAACAACUUCAUUCAUUACGGAAAAAUGACGUCAUCCUUAGAACGCGAUUCAUUCAUAAAAGGCGCGCGUCAAUGACGUCAUUUAAAGCACGCGACUUGUCUUAUAUGGGGGGUGUAAUACAGAGUUUUCUAGCACCGGUGUAAACGGUAGAUAAUCCUGUCUGAGAUGCAAGAAUGCAAUGUAUUGCAUGGGUCAGUUAACUGUUUUUUGUAUUUUUUUUUCAAUUUCAAAUAUUGGAAUAACAUGAUAUUUUAACAAAUAAUUAUUUGUUAAGUUUUGCAAAUGUGCAUAUAAAGAAAAUAUCAUGAAUAGACAUUCUCUAACUUUGUUGGCACCUAGUUCAAAAUAGUUUAUAUUAUAUUGAUUCGGGUUUUGUACAAAGUCGACUUUGUGAUUUGUAUACGUAAGUCUAGUAAUUGGUUAUAAGUACACUCACCAAGAUGUCAUAGCAGCCAUGGCCAAAGCACAUCGUUAAAGGAAAUGCCCUAACACAAAUCCGCUUUUACUAAAUAACGUUACGACUUUUGUUGUACAUAUGUAAGAAAUUCAAUUUUUAUGUUUUUAGACUUUUAAACUUCAGUGUGGAGUCCCUUUAAGUUCAAUUUAUGGCACAUUCUUUAGUGAUUGCGUACAUUUUAUAUGAUUUGAAUAAUUUCGCAUAGUGAAGUAAGUUGUUGACUACUUGUAAAUUGCCAAUUUGUAGAAAGAAAUGAUGGAUAUAAAUAUAGUUUAUCUUGUAAAAUAUGUAACUCCAUAUUUCAAUUUCAUAUAAUGUACAGAAUAACAAAGUACAAUAAGUACAUCCUGUAUUAUUAUUAAGCUAUGCAGCUAAUGGAUACAACUUCUUUGUAUAAGGAAACCAAUAUAUAAAUUUAUAAUGUGGGCAAUGCCAUGUACAUAUAAAUAUUUUUUCUAAUAAAUGUAUAUACUUU